AUGAAUACUUCUAGCAACAAUAUUGCCUCGACAACUUCUACAACUACAGCCAAAUACAACUUUCUUCCUAAAUUCAAUCACCAGCAUCCGCAUAGAAGCCUGCGACAUCUGAGUGCUCGAUCGAAUGUUUCCAAUGGUGCAAACGCCGUGCCAUCAAAUGCUCAAUCACAACCACAACCACAACAACACCAGCCAAGUCUAUCAAGACACGCUUCUAGUGAAAUUAUCGACUCGCUUGCAAACACUUUACCCUACAAUCGAACAGUGAGUUCGUCGUCGUCAAUAUUAAGCACACCAAGUAAUAACAUACGAACGUAUAGACGGCGCCAGGAGCAACAGCAACAGCAACAGCAACAACAACAACAACAGCAACAGACAUACACCAGUGAGCAGAAACAUACACAAACACAUGCGCAACCUCACAAACAUGGUGAAAGUAAAAAUUCUAGUCUCGACCCCAAUGACUGUAAGCUGCGGAGUGGUCAAUUGAUUAGAAAUAAGCUUCUUAAUAUCCAUCAAACAACUAGACAGCAAUUAAAACCUGACCCUAUACCAAGCCUUCCUCCAGACAAUGACAGUGAUGCUGCAGUGCUACUACUGUCGCAGCCGCAACUGCAACAGAAUCAAAAGCACAAACUGAAAUUGCAACACAGUAGCAAGCCCGUGAAGCCGGAUGCAGCAUACUAUUGUCAAACACUUAUAUUUGGCGAUAAUCUGUCAAGUGAUGACGAAGAAGAAGAAGAAGAAAAAGAAGAAAAAGAAAAAGACAAUGAUGACCAUCAUUAUGAAGACCAAAGGAAGUAUAUUUCACAAAAGAAUAUAGUUUACAACAAAGGAGCUUUAGGAGAUGUUGGCGCAUCAUUACUGUCUAUAAUCAAGUCGAUACCAGGCUAUACAAAAGGCGAGUUGAAUGCAGUGUUGAAACAUGUAUCUACUCAAAAUUCGUUCUUCCUUAACGAUGAUGAACAAAAAAGAGUUUUGAAUGAAUACAAGAGACAUCAAUUGAAACUUGAAAGAGUCAGCUAUAAUUACAAAUAUGGCUCUAAUGUGCACGUCCAAAGAAGGCUACAAGCUGAUGACCAAAAGCGUGAUGUUUUGCAUAAAUUGUUUGGAUAUAGUAACAAGAUUAAUGUGGAGUAUAUGGCACCAACUGCGACAAAUAGUGACAAAAGUAAAGUGAAAAUUGAGCACCUGCAUCACAACGAAGACCACCUUGAUCAUGUUGGACAUCUCGAUGAAGAAGAGUCCUUAUUCACAAUGUCACUUCAAAAUGUUCGUGGACAAAUGCAAUCAGAUCCACCGUCAUUAACACAACCUACUUCAUUACCGUCUUCAACAUCAUUGUCGUCGUCAUUAGCAUCACCGCCAUUAUUAAACAAACGGGACUUUGAUGGUGGAUUAAGUAUGUUUCAAGAAGUUAACGCUAACUCUACUCUAGAUGAGGAGAUGAAUGAAAGGAUUGCCAAAUUUGGAGAAUUUAAACAAGGCUUGGCCGGCACAAGCUACAGAUUCUUGACAGAAGAAGACAAGAAUGAGCUAGUUCAAUUGGGACUUCAAAAUUUGAGGAAUUGUAUAAAGCUCGAUAAAGAUGCCAUUUAUGGUGACAUUAAUGGAGAUAACGACGACAGGGAGAGAAAUGAGUGGAUAUAA